CAAUGACACGUUUGUAUUUGUAGUUUUAUACAAAUGAACGAUGACGUCAAGCACAAAACGUUAGCCUUCGCGUCCGGCAAAGGACUCCGCCAAUCGCCAGUCAGACUUGCGUUUCUCUUUUGACCUUCAACCUGCUCUCGGGCCUGCACAGUGCGCACACUAUAAAGUGCUUGAUGAAGUCAUAUAGAUUGUCAGAACUUACUUGGGUUGAGAUUGAGAGUCUUAAGACUCGCCCUCGCGUAGAUUUCUCUUCCAUUUUCAGUGUGGUAAACCCAAUUGUUGAUGAUGUUCAUAAACGAGGUGAUGCAGCAGUUAAAGAGUAUACAUCAAAAUUUGACAAAGCAGAACUAGACAAGAUUGUUGAAAAUGUCUCAGAGCUUCCUGAUCCAGUGCUUGAUGAAUCCAUUAAGGAAGCUUUUGACAUUGCCUACAGCAAUAUAUAUGCGUUUCAUCAUGCUCAGAAGUCAGCAGAUAAAAGUGUAGAGAACAUGAAAGGAGUGAAAUGCAAGCGAGUUGCAAGAUGCAUUGAUUCUGUGGGUCUUUACAUUCCAGGGGGAACUGCAGUAUUACCAUCAACAGCUCUGAUGCUUUCAAUACCUGCACGGAUUGCUGGAUGUAAAACUAUUGUUCUUGCAACUCCUCCAGCUCAGGAUGGCAAUAUAUGCAAGGAGGUUUUGUAUUGUGCAAAGAAGGCUGGGGUGACCCACAUUCUUAAAGCAGGAGGAGCUCAGGCCAUAUCAGCAAUGGCCUGGGGUACAGAAUCUUGUCCAAAGGUUGAGAAGAUUUUUGGCCCUGGAAAUCAGUAUGUCACAGCUGCAAAAAUGAUACUGCAAAACAGUGAAGCCAUGGUUUCAAUUGACAUGCCAGCCGGACCAUCUGAAGUUUUGGUCAUUGCAGACAAGCUUGCUGUGCCUCGUCAUGUAGCAGCUGAUUUGCUUUCCCAGGCUGAGCAUGGUCCUGAUAGUCAGGUUGUUCUUGUGAUUGCUGGAGAUGGUGUGGAUAUAAAAGCUAUAGAGGAAGAACUCAGCAAGCAGUGCAAUAGUCUUCCAAGAGGAGAGUUUGCCUCUAAAGCCCUGAGCCACAGUUUUAUUGUGCAUGCACAUGAUAUGCUUGAGGCAAUCAAUUUCUCAAACUUAUACGCUCCUGAGCAUCUAAUUGUCAAUGUGAAUGAUGCAGAGAAGUGGGAGAGUUUUAUUGAGAAUGCUGGUUCUGUGUUUUUAGGGCCGUGGACUCCAGAGAGUGUUGGUGAUUAUGCAAGUGGGACAAACCAUGUCCUUCCCACUUAUGGUUAUGCAAGGAUGUACAGUGGUGUUUCAUUGGACUCUUUCCUGAAGUACAUAACCAUACAGUCUCUUACAGAGGAUGGUCUGAGAAAACUUGGACCAUAUGUAGCAACCAUGGCCGAAGUUGAAGGUCUUGAUGCCCACAAGAGAGCAGUUACCCUAAGGCUUCAGGAUAUAGAAACCAAGCAGGUUUGAAGAUAGGAUUAAACAUUAGACUACUAUUCUGCAAAUCCCUGCUUCUUGAUUAACGCCAAAUUUGCAGCCUUUAGCAUGAUCAGCUUGGCUACACGUUUGUACCAUUAUUACUUUAGUAGCCACUUUUUUCAAUGCAACAAUAACUGGGUUUAUACGAACGCCUUGAUGACUUGUCUUUGUAACUGUGGUGUACUCCAUUUUAUAGUUUUAGAUAUUGAUUUGUCUUUAAUGAAAAGGAAUGGUUAGAUCUCUAAAAACUACUUGACA